GCCGCUGUCCACAGGAUGAGGCUGCUUAUCCGGGCUCUCCGCCUCUGUGAGCUGGGCAGGCAGGCCGCUUCCAGGAGGCCAGUCACUGCCCAGGAGUGUCUGGGGCCCAGGAGCUCCAAGAGGCCCGGGCAGAGAUGCUGGGCUUCCGUCCAGGCUGUUGGAACCAGAUCUGCUCUGUCGUCUAAACUUGGUGUCAGCGUUACAAGGAUCAUGCGGCCGGAUGAUGCCAAUGUGGCUGGCAAUGUGCACGGAGGGACCGUCCUGAAGAUGAUCGAGGAAGCAGGAGCCAUCAUCAGCACCCGGCACUGCAACAGCCAGAAUGGGGAGCGCUGCGUGGCUGCGCUGGCCCGGGUGGAGCGCACGGACUUUCUGUCGCCCAUGUGCAUUGGCGAGGUGGCGCAUGUCAGCGCAGAGAUCACCUAUACCUCCAAGCACUCGGUCGAGGUGCAGGUGCAUGUGAUGUCCGAGAACAUCCUCACAGGUACCAAAAAGCUGACCAAUAAGGCCACCCUGUGGUACGUGCCCCUGUCGCUGAAGAAUGUGGACAAGGUCCUGGAGGUGCCUCCGGUUGUGUACUCCCGGCAGGAGCAGGAGGAGGAGGGCCGCAAGCGCUACGAGGCCCAGAAGCUGGAGCGCAUGGAGACUAAGUGGCGCAAUGGGGACAUCGUCCAGCCCGUCCUGAACCCAGAGCCAAACACGGUCAGCUACAGCCAGUCCAGCUUGAUCCACCUGGUGGGGCCUUCUGACUGCACCCUGCAUGGCUUCGUGCACGGAGGGGUCACCAUGAAGCUCAUGGACGAGGUGGCUGGGAUCGUGGCCGCACGUCACUGCAAGACCAACAUAGUCACGGCCUCCGUGGAUGCCAUUAACUUCCAUGACAAGAUCCGAAAAGGCUGUGUCAUCACCAUCUCUGGACGCAUGACCUUCACCAGCAAUAAGUCCAUGGAGAUUGAGGUCUUGGUGGACGCCGACCCCGUGGUGAACAACUUUGUGAAGCGCUACCGGGCCGCCAGUGCCUUCUUCACCUACGUGUCCCUGAGCCCAGAGGGCAAGUCUCUGCCUGUGCCUCAGCUCGUGCCCGAGACUGAGGACGAGAAGAAGCGCUUCGAGGAAGGCAAAGGGCGGUACCUGCAGAUGAAGGCGAAGCGGCAGGGCCAGGCGGAGACUCAGGCCUAGACGCCCCUCCGGCCUGGAACAGACCCCAGCGCCGCAUCAUUAGAAGUUACCCCCCGGCCAAAAACCCAGUUCACGCUGACAACUGGGGUUGUGUGAAGUGUUCGUCUCACAGUGUUAACCUCUCCCGAAAACCUCUACACCAAAGCUUUAUUUAUAUCACCCCAGUGUAAAUGCUACACAGUAUUGUCCCAAUGCCCGCGCAGUCCCUGGAAACCCUGGGGUGACCUGGGCACACACGUACCGUAUGUAGAGUUCAGCUUCACUAAUAAAGCUACUGUUUGGCUGGA